AUGAAGUCUGAUAAGAUUGCGACCAUAGUCAAAGCUGCUGGUGUCGAGAUUGAGUCAUACUGGCCAAUGCUAUUCGCCAAGAUGGUUGAGAAGCGUAACGUUACUGACCUCAUCAUGAAUGUGGGUGUCGGUGGCGGUGGAGGCGGUGCACCAGUUGCCGCCGCUGCACCCGCCGCUGCUGGAGGAGCUGCAUCUGCUGACCUCGUCAUAAUUAGACCAAGUAAAGCGGCGAAAUCAAUACGAUCCGACUCGCCGGUUAUCGGAAGCUCUUUCGAAAGUUCCGGUGAGACCCGAAUAUCCGCUGAAUCUGAUAUACUUCGCAGAACUCCUCGCUCAAUCUAUCCGACAAGGCGAAAUUCAGCGUCUUCUUCUUCUUUGAGACCGCUGCCAUUGCCGUCGCUAUUUGCAGGAGUGCGGUCGAAUGUGAAGCCAGGCACGGCGCUUGCGGUGGCUGUGGCUGCUUCCAGAUUGGUUCCUACACUGCACGCUGCUAUCAUCAAGUCAAGGAGAGCUAGCAGCGUUAGUAGCGAGUUGCUGCAGGAGGUUUUAGGCGCUGGAGAAUCAGUUUCAAAUCAAGAUGAAGAAGAUCAGCAAGUUUUGUCUUCAAAUUCAAUUGGCGAUUCUGCUGGAGUUGCUACUGGAUCCAUUUCUGUUGAUGAUUUUCGUUCUCUCGCUGGAGAAUCUCGUCUGGAGGAUGAGGAUAAUGAAGUUGCACUUGCUAGUCAAGAAAACGAAGCUAAAGUAAGGGAAGUCCAAGCUAGUGAUAUUACUGAGACCUUAGAUUAUGAGGCAAACUCAAAGCCUGACUUAGUCACUGCCAUCUCUGCUGAACAAGAGGCGACGACCACAACGGAAUCUGGAAAUACUGCUGUGGAGUGUCAAAACUUGAAUGAUUCUGAUGGGAAGUGCUUUCUUCAUUCUCAAUCAGAUGAUGCUAAGGUAAACACUGAUGAAGACUCAAGUGUUGGAGACGUUAAGAAGGAUGAUUCAGAUAUAAUUAUACCAGAUUCUAAAGAAGAGGCAGGUGGUGAUUUUGUUCCUCAUGAUGGAAGCUCAAUGUCUGGCAUUUCAGAGCUUGUAGAAAAAAGGAUUAGUGAGUUGGAAAAAGAAAGGAUAAAUAACAGAGAGAAACUAAAAUCACGAUCUUUUAGGAAGCAGCUUGUCUUGGCUGAAGAGUUUGAGAAGAAACAAGCAUAUACUGGGGCUGCUGCUCAGCCAAUGAGACUCGAGGGUAUUAAGAUCGGUUCGACAAAUUUAGGUUACUUUGAUGUUGAUGCUAACAAUAUCAUCACCCGAACCAUUUCAUGGCAGGCAUUUAAGCGAGACCAUGGCUCUCCUUAG